GAGGAAAUUUCUGAAAAGUGGAAAGCUUUAGGAGACCAUACUAAGCGAAAGUACAAGAAAAAAUCUAUCAUGAGUACCGAGAAAUACAAAGAGCACAAAAUUAAGCUUGAUCUUCCGAAGGGUCCGAAGGUGGUAAUAGUAUCUAUGUUCAUUCAUAUGCUUUUCAGUUUUUAUUGCUCUCGUGAAAUUGAUUAGAGUUGUUGAUUUUGUAUUUAGAACACCUUUAUAUCAAGGACUCAACUUAAGGCGGCUUAAGAUAGGAUGCAAAAACUUGAUCCGCAUCAAGUAGAGAGUGUAAAAGCUAUGGGGUUUGGAGGUAUCUUACAACUGAAAUGUACGAAGUUAAAUCGAACUCUUUGUGAGUGGUUGGUGCAACAUUUCGAUCCUGUGUCUCUUUGCUUGCAUGUGCAUGGCAAAGAUUGCAUAAUUACACCACUAGAUGUGAACCACAUUUUAGGAUUGCCAUGUGGUGGCCAGAGGGUGAUCCUUGAAGGGGAAUAUACCGAAAUUCAUGAAUUGUGUUUGAGGCAUAAAGUACGUGACCAAGGUUCUAUAUCUUUUGAUCAUUUACACAAUUAUUUGAUGAACAACAAAAAGGACGACAAUGACUUCAAGGUUUCAUUUGUGUUGUACAUAAUGGGGACUAUUCUAUGUCCAACAUCAGAAUUUGGAGUCAAUAAGCAUUUUCUCCAUGCAUUAAAAGACUUGUCCUCUGUACGGGAGUUGGACUGGAGCCAAUUUGUUCUUAAGUUUUUAGCCGAAGGGAUUCAAAAGUAUCAGAAAGGACGCAAAGUGAUUCGGGGAUGUCUAUUGUUCCUAAUGUUGUUUUACUUAGAGCAUUGCACGCCAGCCGAAUAUUUCACUUCCCGAUGUGGUAUGCGACCUUCACCCCGCCUCUCAGCUUGGGGAGAUAAAGACAUAAGGGAGAGAGCUUGUUGGUUCAAUAAGAUAAGAAAACGAAAAGGUGAAAAGGUCAAAGUCAUUAUUGAAGAUAGAAUUGGCAAGAGAGAGAGAAUGAUGAAUCAAGGAAGGGAGGUUGACCAUGAUAAAUCAAUGGAGAAUGACCAGGUUAAAAAUCUAACUAGUAUGGUAGAGAGAAUGUCGAGCCUCUUAGAAGAGACAUUGGCCGCUAUGCAUGAGAAAGAUAGUAAACGUAAAUAUUCUGCGACUAAUAGAGGCAUUAACAAGAAAGACACUCCAUCUGCCUUGGAGGAACCCGAUGUUGAAGGACAUUUUAAAACUAAGAAACAAAAUGCACCGAAAAUGCAUUAUCGGAUCAGAUGACAUCUCGUCUAAAGACAAACAAGGAAAAAGGCAAGGAGGAAGCUAAAUUGAAUGCUUCAUCAAAGAAAUUACGAAAGAUGGCAGCUAAUGUUCAUGAGGCCUUGUCUCGUACGGCUCCUGCAAUUGAUGGCAAGAAUAAGUGGGGAAAAAAAUUGAAGACAAAUAGGUUUGACAAAUCUCAGCCGCUGAAGAGAAAUGCCAAUAAGGUAACAAGAUGUGAAUAAUUAUUAUAUUCUUAAUUCUAUUACGGUUCUCUCAUUAGAAUGCGUGAUUGUUAAUUUGUAGAAGCCUACCAUGGAAGCGGAACCCAAGAGGGCAGAUGUAAUGGCCACACUUUCCAACGAAAAGCAGUUGAUGCUAAGAUAUGUCUUUGACCAUACCCAGUCUGAAAGGUAGGAAUUC